AUGGAUCCUGUUCCCCCAAGUGAAUACCCCACCGACUCGGCCUACAGCCCACACAUCGUCAACCUGCAGGACCAGCAGCAGGAAGACACCACAGCUAUUCACAAUGGCCACCCUUCCAACCCUGCGGCCACCUCAACUCCUCCCAUAGACCAUGAUCCAAAUCAACGUUACAAUUCUCCCAAUCUGUAUCAGCAGCCCACCUCCAGGCCUGAUUCCGGAAUGGGCGGCUAUCAACAAACACAAUACCAACAAGAAAACAGACAACAGCCUACCAAGACCAAUAAUGUUGUGAUCAAAGUAGGCAUGGUUGGUGAUGCUCAGAUUGGAAAGACAAGUUUGAUGGUCAAGUACGUCGAAGGAAGUUGGGAUGAAGAUUAUAUCCAGACACUAGGCGUCAACUUUAUGGAAAAAACAAUCUCAAUACGAAACACAGAGAUCACCUUUUCCAUUUGGGAUCUUGGUGGGCAGCGGGAAUUCGUCAACAUGCUACCUCUUGUCUGCAACGAUGCUGUCGCCAUCCUCUUCAUGUUCGAUCUGACUCGGAAAUCCACCCUCAACAGUAUCAAAGAGUGGUAUAGACAGGGUCGAGGCUUUAACAAGACUGCCAUCCCUUUUCUUAUCGGCACCAAAUACGACCACUUUGUCAAUUUCCCAAGAGAGGAUCAGGAAGAAAUCAGCAAUCAAGCGCGUCGCUUCGCAAAGGCUAUGCGAGCCAGCCUCAUCUUCAGCAGCACAAGCCACAGUAUCAAUGUCCAGAAGAUCUUCAAGAUUGUCCUUUCCAAGGCAUUCGACUUGAAAUGCACCAUUCCCGAAAUCGAAAAUGUCGGUGAACCUCUAUUGCUGUACCAGUCAGUCAAUUGA